AGUACUUUGGCUUUCUCCCUUCUCGUAAAAACGUCAUUAUGGAAUCCUUAAAAUUCUGUGAAAAGUUUUGAUUUUCUUCUAGAAAUUAGUGAAAUUAUCCGUCAAAAGUGUUAAAAUUUUGUGCACGAAGAACGCUGAAAACACGACUCAAGGAUGUCUCGUCAACUGAAUCCAAAUCAGCAGAAAAUUUCUGAAAAACUCAUCAUCCUCAACGAUCGUGGGGCCGGCAUCCUUACACGAAUCUACAAUAUAAAGAAAGCAUGUGGCGAUACCAAGUCCAAGCCUGGUUUCCUCUCCGAGAAGUCACUUGAGUCAUCGAUUAAGUUCAUUGUCAAGCGGUUUCCGAAUAUCGACGUCAAAGGCCUAGCUGCUAUCACUAACAUUAAGUCGGAGAUCAUCAAAUCCCUUUCGCUGUACUAUUACACGUUUGUCGAUUUGCUGGAUUUUAAGGACAAUGUUUGCGAGAUUCUGACGACCAUGGAUGCUCUGCAGAUCCAUCUAGAUAUUACACUAAACUUUGAACUGUCUAAACAUUAUCUGGAUCUGGUGACGACCUACGUUUCCCUUAUGAUCCUUCUUUCGCGAGUUGAAGAUCGCAAGGCCGUACUCGGUCUCUUCAACGCUGCCUACGAAAUGCAACACCAACAAAGCGACCAGAGCUUCCCCCGACUCGGUCAAAUGAUUAUCGAUUACGACGCUCCGGUGAAGAAACUGGCCGACGAGUUCAUUCCCCACCAAAGGUUGCUUUCAAGUGCGAUUACAUCACUGACCAAGAUCUACCCGAUGAGAAACUUAAGUGCGGAAAAGUGGCGCGAACUGCAAUUGCUUAGCUUGGUUGGCACUCCAGCAACGCUUCUGAAAGCUGCCAAAACCGAUACCAUGUCGUGUGAGUAUGUAUCGCUCGAAACACUCGACCGUUGGGUCAUAUUCGGUUUGAUGUUGAAUCACCAGGCCCUGGGGCAUCAAGAUUUGAUCACAUCCAUGUGGAUAUCUGCACUGGAUUCUAGCUGGGUGAUGGCACUAUUCCGAGAUGAGGUCAUCUACAUUCACCAGUACAUUCAGAACACAUUCGAAGGCAUGAAAGGCUAUGGCAAGCGUAUUUCAGAAGUGAAAGAGUGCUACAACCAAGCUGUUCAGAAAGCGGGUCUGCUUCACCGUGAGAGACGAAAGUUUUUAAGAACCGCACUGAAAGAACUGGCCCUUAUUAUGACCGACCAGCCAGGAUUGCUAGGACCGAAAGCGUUACUCAUCUUCAUUGGUCUAUGCUACGCACGAGAUGAAAUUUUGUGGCUGCUUCGCCACAACGAUAAUCCUCCGGUGGUGAAAAGCAAAGGCAAGUCAACGGAAGAUUUGGUAGAUCGACAACUGCCUGAAUUGCUAUUUCAUAUGGAAGAACUUCGGGCACUUGUUCGAAAAUACAGCCAGGUCAUGCAGCGUUACUACGUACAGUAUUUGUCGGGGUACGAUGCCAUUGAUUUGAACUUUAAGAUGCAACAGCUACAGGUUUGCCCAGAAGACGAAAGCAUCAUUCUGUCCUCGCUGUACAACACAGCCGCAUCGCUGAAUGUGAAACAAGUCGAAGACAACGAAACGUUCGAUUUCCGUGCAUUCCGGCUCGACUGGUUCCGAUUGCAGACGUUCAUGAGUGCCAAGUCGGCCAUUCGCAUAGUUGACUACCCGGAUCUGGCACGUCUACUCGACUCGAUGGUAUUCCACACCAAAAUGGUGGACAAUCUUGACGAAAUCCUGGUGGAAACUUCCGAUCUGUCAAUUUUCUGUUUCUACAACAAAAUGUUCGAAGAUCAGUUCCACAUGUGUUUGGAAUUCCCUGCACAGAAUCGCUACAUCAUUGCAUUCCCAUUGAUCUGCAGUCACUUCCAGAACUGCACCCACGAAAUGUGCCCAGAAGAACGUCAUCACAUCAGGGAACGCUCCUUGUCGGUAGUGAACAUGUUCUUGGAUGAGAUGGCUAAAGAGGCAAAGAAUAUCAUUACAACCAUCUGCGACGAGCAGUGCAUGAUGGCAGAUGCCUUGCUUCCAAAGCAUUGUGCCAAAAUACUUUCCGCAGCAGCUAGUCGGAAAAAGAAGGAUAAGAACAAAAAACACAUGGAUGAUAUCAAAAGACCUGGUGAUGAAAGCUACAGGAAAACGCGAGAGGAACUGACGACGAUGGAUAAACUUCACAUGGCACUAACGGAACUUUGCUACGCUAUCAACUACUGCCCAACGGUCAACGUGUGGGAAUACGCAUUUGCUCCACGAGAAUACCUCUGUCAACAUCUUGAAACACGAUUCUCCAGGGCUCUGGUUGGAAUGGUCAUGUACAAUCCGGACACUAUGGAGAUUGCCAAACCAUCCGAACUGCUAGCCUCCGUGAGGGCCUACAUGAAUGUUCUACAAACGGUCGAGAAUUAUGUCCACAUUGACAUCACAAGGGUAUUCAAUAACUGUUUGCUGCAGCAAACGCAGGCGCAGGAUAGCCACGGAGAGAAAACUAUUGCAGCCCAUUACAAUACCUGGUAUUCGGACGUUCUGCUGAGAAAAGUCAGUGGAGGAAAUAUCGUAUUCUCGUUAAACCAGAAAGCAUUCGUCAGCAUAACGCCAGAGGGUUGCAUCCCGUUCAACCCAGAAGAAUUUUCCGAUUUUAAUGAACUGCGCGCCUUAGCUGAACUGAUUGGUCCGUAUGGAAUAAAGCUUCUGAAUGAAUCAUUAAUGUGGCACAUUGCCAACCAAGUGCAGGAACUCAAACGAAUGGUAGCACUGAACAAAGAAGUUCUCAUCAUCCUGCGUAGCAACUUUGACAAGCCGGAGAUUAUGAAGGAGCAAUUCAAACGUCUGCAACAGGUAGACAACGUGUUGCAACGUAUGACCAUCAUCGGGGUCAUCCUAAGCUUCCGCCAGCUUGCCCAAGAAGCGCUAGUUGAUGUUCUAGAUCAACGCAUUCCUUUCCUGCUAUCCUCUGUGAAAGAUUUCCAAGAACAUGUUCCAGGCGGCGAUCCCCUCAAAACGGUAUCCGAAAUGGCCUCAGCCUCAGGACUCAAAUGUAAGGUUGACCCUGCUCUAUCGAAUGCACUGAAAGCUCAGAAACCAGAAAUAGACGAAGGCGAACAUUUGAUCGUUUGUCUGCUGAUGGUCUUCGUUGCCGUUUCCAUUCCAAAGCUAGCCAAAAACGAAAACUCCUUUUACCGUGCAUCUCUUGAAGCACAUACAAACAACACCCACUGUAUGGCGGUCGCCAUCAACAACAUCUUUGGUGCAAUGUUCACAAUCUGCGGGCAGAACGAUAUUGAAGAUAGGAUGAAGGAAUUUUUAGCUCUGGCCAGUUCAUCAUUGUUGAGGCUGGGCCAGGAGUCGGACAAAGAAGCGAUUAAAAACCGUGAAUCGAUCUACCUGCUCCUGGACCAAAUCGUUCAAGAAUCACCAUUCCUCACGAUGGACUUACUCGAAUCGUGCUUCCCGUACGCACUCAUUAGAAAUGCAUACCACGCCGUCUACAAACAGGAGCAAAUACUAAUGCACUAGAAAGGAACCAUCGCUCUACGCCGGAACUGCUUCUAUCAAUUUGCUUUUAUUCGGUACAAUUACAAUAAGCUAAACGUUGCACUCUUGUGAAACAUUCAAGAAAAUGGGGAUACAUUUACUUUUACUAUCCAUCACCUCAUGAAUAGUCGAAAAAAUAUGGAAACUACUACAAAAAAUGUAUCUUUUUUCUGUAAUGAUAAGCUACAAACGGAUAAUAAAUUAUGAAAAAAAAAUAUAAUUCAUAUUCAUUGUAAUACGACAAGUUAAUCGUAAUGUCAUUUAUAAACGGCAAUAUUUCAUAAAAAUAUGAAAAUAAAAUAUUUAGAAGCUA